AUGCAUGUGAGUAUACAUAAAGGAGUCAAACUCUAUAUCUGCCACGUCUGUGGAAAGUCUAGGCUCCUUUCUGCCCGUGGACGCCGCCGAAGAAGCAUCGUUAAAGUCUCUCUUCUCCCUGCCGUCAUGUCUAAGUCAGAGUCUCCUAAAGAGCCCGAACAGCUGAGGAAGCUCUUCAUUGGAGGGUUGAGCUUUGAAACAACCGAUGAGAGCCUGAGGAGCCAAGAGACACCGAAGAACCAUCACCUAAGAGAUUAUUUUGAACAACUCCGUGAUAAGAUUGUCAUCAGAAAUGACCAUACUGGUGGAAUGGCCAACUGUGAAGUUCGGACAACAAGCCCUGUCAACAGCAAGAGAAUGGCGAGUGCUCAUCCAGCAAAAGGGUCGAAGUGGUUCUGGAAACUUUGGGGUGGUCGUGGAGGCGUGGGUUUUCGGUGGAGAAUGACAACUUCCGCGGUCGUGAGGAACUCAGUGGUCGUUGGUGUGCUUUUGGUGGUCAGCCGUGGCAAGGCAAAGCAAGGCAAGGCACAAGCCAAAACAGGGCAAGGCACAAGGCAUGGUAAAUCAAGGCACAAGGCGAGACAAUGCAAAGCACAAGGCAAGGCAAGGCAAGGCACAAGGCAAGGCAAGGCACAAGGCAAGGCAAAGCACAAGGCAAGGCAAGGCACAAGGCAAGGCAAAGUCAGGCAAGGCACAAGGCAAGGCAACGCAAGGCACAAGGCAAGGCAAGGCAAGCCACAGGCAAAGCACGGGCAAGGCACAAGACAAUGCAAGUCAAGGCAAAGCAAGGCAAGGCACAAGGCAAAGCAAAGUAAGGCAAUGCAAGACACAAGGCAAGGCAAGGCACAAGGCAAAGCAGAAGGGAAGGCAAGGCACAAAGCAAGGGAAGGUAAGGCACAAAGCAAGGCACAAGACAAGGCAAGGCACAAGGCAAAGCAAGGGAAGGCAAGACAAGGCAUGGUAAGGCAAGGCACAAGGCAAGGCAAGUUACAAGGCAAGGCAAGGCAAGGCAUAAGCCAAGGCAAGGAACAAGGCAAGUCAAAUCAAGGUACAAGGCCAGGCAAGGGAAAGCAAAAGGCAAGGCAAGGGAAAGCACAAGGCAAGGCAAGGCACAAGGCAAGUGAAGGGAAGCAAGGCACAAAGCAAGUCAAGGCACCAAGCAAGUCAAGGCACCAGGCAAGGCAAGGCACAAAGCAAGACAAGUGA